GUCAACAGCCAGCCCUCUCUCAUCCUGCAUGCAGAAAUCUCACCUUGGUCUGAUACCACUACUUUCAUCUGCAUCCACAUCGUCUGCCGUCUCCAGAACAUUCGUCUCCUGUUGUUCAAGAGAUUGUCACCGAAUUUACCAUCGUCACCAUUGAUUCACACUCCCAGUCCAAUUCUGCGCGGGGCAUCGUCCCUUUGACGUCCACAUCCCUCCCAAUCUCUGCGUCGGAACAACCACAUAUUUCUGAUAUUGUAUCUACACCCCCAGGUACACCGUCCGUUAGAAGAACAAACCAACCAGGCCCCGCCACGAGCCCCAGUCUUAUCCCGUCUACUCGUCGUAGAGUUGACCUUGAAGAAGGGGACACAAACGUACAUCAGUCAACGCAGGAAGCAUACACCUCCAGUCCCGCCUCCUUUCCAUUUCUUCACCCGUCGUCAGGCUCCCCACAACUCACAGCUGAGUCACCCCGUGCCAGGAAGAGGCAAAGAAUUGAUAGUGUGAGCUCAAUAACAUCCGUCGAACGCUCUCUACUUCCAGAGGACUCUUACACCUCCGUUCAUACCGAUAACAUCAUGCGGCUCACUGAAACUGACGAGGAUUCAACGCUUUCUGUUUCAUACGAUUCUAUGGCAGAACCAGGCCCAUCAUCUUCCCCGCUUAAACACAAUGGCAUCUCCAAGACUACUAAUGGCUUCUCCUCGCCUUACACCAAUGGAAAUGGGAAGGCCCGUGUGCUGGACAGCCUGGAUGGUCACACACCUGACCGGUCUCGUUCGUCUAUAGCCAGGGUUUCACUUCCAGGGUCAACAUUGUACAACGAUUCGUAUGUUGAUCGGGAGGAGUUUGUUAGAUUGGUAAUCCAAAGCUUGCGGGACGUUGGGUACAUCGAAUCGGCCGCAACAUUAGAAGCAGAGUCCGGAUAUACCAUGGAAAGUCCGGAAGUGUCAGAUUUCCGACAGUGUAUCCUGGAUGGUGCUUGGGCGCAAGCAGAGGCUGCGUUAGAGCAUCUUGGUGUUGCAGAACUGGAAGACCUUCAAGAGGCCAAGUUUCUCAUUAGCAGACAGAAGUAUCUAGAACUUCUUGAAGCUGAUAAGACGUCGGCUGCGCUGCAGGUCCUACGAUAUGAACUGGCGCCGCUGAACGUCGACCCUGAUCAACUACAUUCAUUAUCCGGUCUGCUGAUGUGUUCGGACUCUGCGGAUCUUCGACAUCAAACUGGCUGGGAUGGUACGUCAGGGACGUCAAGAAGACAGUUAUUGGUGAACCUACAACGCUACAUCCCAUCAUCGGUUAUGAUUCCACAACGGCGCUUUGCGACGUUGUUGGACCAGGCACGAAUUUAUCAACAAAGCCGGUGUCUAUAUCAUAAUUCUCCCACUAGUGCCCGAACAUUUUCGUUAUACACGGACCAUCUUUGUGACAACAGUGCUUUCCCUAAGACUACAUCGGUCAUCUUGGAAGGGCACAAUGAUGAAGUAUGGAAUUUGGAAUGGAGCCAUGAUGGGAGAUACUUGGCUACCGGUAGCAGCGAUAAGACUGCAAUCAUCUGGCGAAUAGGACCUGGUACCGAUCCCAACACACGAGAAAUUCGCUCACAGUUUAUCCUGCGAGAUCACCAAUUCGCUGUCGGUUGCGUUGCGUGGUCACCAGACGAUUCUGUACUGCUCACAUCCGCCGAGCAUCACAUCAAGAUGUGGAAUACACGGACCGGUGUGUGCAUGAACAUGCUCGAUGUCCACAAGGACGUGGUCACCGCGCUUGUAUGGCUGCCUGACGGUUCUGGGUUCAUCUCUGGCGGUCUCGAUAGGAAGAUAGUCUUCUGGGAUGCUGACGGGAAACAACGGGAUAGUUGGGACCGAACUCCCAUCCGAGUGACCGAUUUGGCCAUCACACCAGACUUCACACGGCUGGUUGCUGUUGGAAUGUACGACCUGCCUGCAACACCACACCCAGGCAGUAACCCGACGGCCCCAGAUAGCGGGACACCAGCCGUUGGGGGUUCAGCCCCAGCUAAUGGAUCGGCGGGGUCAGCAACUCGACUCAUAGUGUACCAGCUAUCCAAUCAGCAGGAGCAAGCAUCGGUGCAAAUGGAUGGUGAAUUGACAAGCGUGAAAGUCUCCGAUGACUCACAGUACGCCUUGAUCAACCGUGCGUCGAAAGCGAACGCGAACUGCGAAAUCCAGCUGUGGGACCUGAACACCCACAAGAUUGUGCGAAAGUACCAAGGGCAUAAACAAUCGCAGCAUGUCAUCCGAAGUUGCUUCGGCGGCGUAGACGGUAGCUUCGUUGCAAGUGGAAGUGAAGACGGCAAUGUCUACAUAUGGCAUCGUGAUACCGCUGAACUGCUCGAGACGUUGUCUGGGCACGGAGAAGGCAGCGUCAACUCUGUAGCGUGGAAUCCGACGAAUGAGCGGAUGUUCGCGUCUUGCUCCGACGAUAGGACUAUUCGCAUAUGGGAAGCACCUCCGCAGUCAGCUUAUCUGACAAGCCCUGCGUUGGUAGACGUUCCUGCUGAAUAUAAUGGUAACGAGCCGGAGAGUAGUGGGAAGGGCAAAGGUAAAGGCCGGGAGCGGUGGGAUGGGGACGACAUGGAUGGUGUACAUUAUGGAUAUGUUAGCGGCGACGUUUCGACGUCGUUGUGAUUGGUUCAGGGGUAACCUUCUUUCUUGUCUGAUUACUCAUACAAUCUCGUUCUUUUUUUGCCUUUCCUCUCCACAUUGCAUUAUUAUCAACUUUUCAUUCCUAUUGCAACGCAAUCACCACCCACACCCUCAACUCAAUUGCAUCUCAUCUCCCAGGUCGUUCAUCGUUAUCUCUGCAUUUCUCUAUUCGCAAUUACUGAUAUCAACUCUUCAAAUGCAUAGACUGUUACAAUAUAAUAUUCGGGCUUUCGGACUGCAACACCUCCCCUUUUGCUUACCAGAAUAGUUAUUUCUUCUUCUUUCUCUCUCUUAACUAUGUGCAUUACAAGCUGCUUCGCAGAAUUCUCAUUUGCUUGCUUCGAUCAUAUGCAUCUUGUGUCGGCGUUUCAGUGCGACGCGUUGGAACCUACUUGACGCGUCGCGAUCACGAGACCGCGUCUGUCCGGCCUUAGUGGUGGAUUCUGAAUUCUCUGGUAGCACUAGGCAACUUAAAUGCAGACGAAGCAUGUAUGAAUGUCAAUGAUAUUGUAGAGGACGGGAUCAC